AUUAAAUACGAGGAAAUAAAUGAUAAAUUGAAAAGUUAUUACAUGAUCCAUAUAUUUGCGAUAAGAUAGAUAAGAUAUUUUUAUAAAACUGCAAUCAACUAGAACUGAGUCAGUCAUAAAUUGGUAGAAUUUUAGUCAGAAUUGUGAAACUUUUUACCUUUCUAAAAUGUUGUCAUUAAAAUCUGUGAUAAUAUUUACAUUUACGAUAAGUAUUGCACUGGCAUGGAAUUUAAAGUCACAAGAAACAAAUCUAAAAGGCAAAGUUCCUGGACAUGACAUGAUUGUCGGUUCACGUCUUCCUGGUGACAAAGUGAUUCAUAAGGAAAAUAUUGUAAAAUCUGGAAAAUGGUUACGAGUAGUUGAACUCACUAAAACAAUAAAUACCAUUAAAGGAACAAAAAUCACUCAAAUUAUAGCAAAAGAUUUAGAAACCGAUGGCAAUGGUGGUUAUGUAAAAGUAACAAAUGGAGGUCCAUCAUUUUCUGAUGUCACUAUGAAAUUCACUAGUCAAAGAAGUUAUGGAAUUAAUUUUUCUCUUGAAAUUUACGGUCGAUAAAAAUCUAAUAUAAUUUGUAAAUCAAAAAAUUGAUUAAUAAAUUUAUAUUAAAAAAUUUUAAUAAA